CAAAGCUGUCCUUCAUCGUCGCUUUUUUCCCUUUUCUUUACCAAAGAGAAGGGUUCGGAAGGGAGUUUCACCGUGCGCGUGGCUACUCGCCUCUGCCUUCGUUUCAAGUUUUCACAUUUCCGGCGACUUUCCGGCCGCUGCAAGCUGCGUCGAAGCUGAUUGUGUUUGUCGGAGUACGUUAAUGAUGAAAAUCCUAUAGGUGGAUGAUAUUGGUGUUCUAUUUGAAGGAAGUUUAUUGUAUUCCAAUUUUCAGAAGUAGCUAUGCUAUUGACUGGAGUGAAAGAUAACCAACUCCGUGAGAGCAAUAGCCAGAAGGUUCACCCGCAACCCAUGGACGAGGCCAUGAACCAGAAACCUGAAGCUAUGGAAACCCUUAUAUCAAAGCUUUUUGCUAACAUUUCUUCCCUUAAGUCUGCUUAUAUCCAGCUCCAAGGUGCUCAUACACCCUAUGACCCUGAAAAGAUUCAAGCAGCUGAUAAACUUGUAAUUUCCGAGCUGAAGAAGCUAUCCGAGCUCAAACACUUUUAUCGAGAGAACAACCCCAAACCAGUAUGUGUUUCGCCACAGGACUCGCGCCUAGCUGCAGAGAUCCAAGAACAACAAAGCCUUCUGAAAACUUAUGAGGUUAUGGUAAAGAAAUUUCAGUCUGAAAUUCAGAACAAAGAUUUUGAGAUUCUUCACUUGCAGCAGCAGAUUGAGGAGGCAAACCAGAAGAAGGUAAAACUGGAAAAGAACCUCAAGCUUAGAGGGCUAUCAAUGAAAGAAUCAGAAGGUUCUGCAGAUGAAAAUGGAACUUUCCUCGUGGACUUGACAUCUGAUCUGUUUAUAUCUGCCGUUGAAGGUGCUUUUAAGGCCAUUCAUGAUUUUUCCAAGCCAUUGAUCAACAUGAUGAAAGCAGCUGGCUGGGACCUUGAUGCUGCUGCUAACUCAGUUGAACCCCAUGUCGUCUAUGCAAAAAGAGCUCACAAGAAAUAUGCAUUCGAGUCGCACAUAUGCCAGAAAAUGUUUUGUGACUUUCAGCACGAAAGUUUCUCGAUCAAAGCGGACGAUCUUGUAUUAACAAAAGAGGAGUUCUUCCGGCAAUUUCUCGCAUUGAAGGACGUGGAUCCAUUAGACGUGCUAGGCCAAAAUCCAGAUUCCAUAUUUGGUAAAUUUUGCAGGAGCAAGUACCUACUAGUGGUCCAUCCAAAGAUGGAGGCCUCAUUCUUUGGAAAUUUAGAUCAGAGAAAUCAUGUGGGAGGGGGUGGACAUCCUAGAACCCCUUUCUACCAGGUGUUUCUUAAAUUGGCAAAGGCAAUCUGGCUUCUACACAGGUUGGCUUACUCUUUUGAUCCCAGUGUAAAGGUAUUCCAGGUUAAAAGAGGAAACGAGUUCUCAGACGUUUAUAUGGAUAGCGUGGUAAAGAAUUUGGUCAUCGACGAAAACGACCCCAAACCAAAAGUUGGCCUGAUGGUCAUGCCGGGUUUCAUGAUCGGAGGAACCAUAAUUCAGAGUCGAGUUUAUCUCUCAGGCGUCAAGGUUGCUGAAUAAACAAACAAACAAACAUGUUCAGCAGUGGGUUGCACAUCGAUAUCAGGAGAUCAAGAACGUAGGCGUCUAUGUAUUAUGUUUAAUACGUUUUUUUGUGUUUGUUGUAAUAUAUUGUGCUGCUAUUUUUCUAUCAUGCUGUUGGGUUUUAUGGCGAAAGAACUCUUAGUUAUGUACCUCUCCCUGUCCCCCCGGUGUUUUCCGUUCAUCUGCUUGCAUUAUGUAAUGGUAUUCGGGUUUAUGAGCAGAGAAAAUAUUAAUUUACAAGGCUCAAAA